AUGCCAAUUGACAAGAUGGUCGACAUAGAACUUACCACCUCACAAGCUCCUCAUUCUCCUUCAUCCCCCUCCAAUCCCGCAGGAAAUAGCCACGCCGACCUUGUCUCUUCCUGCUCAAAAGGGACUCUUCAUAAGAAACGAGAAACCGUUCCCGUCGGACUGGGAGAUAGCCCUAAAUUGCCCAUCCCCAUCGAUUGCGACGAUUGCGACCGCGACGAGGGCCGAGACAACGACAACGGCAAGCAAACUACCAAAGGGAGCAGAGAGACCCCGCUCAUCAUCGACGAGUCCCACGACGAACAACACGGCUGUAUCUCUGCUGCUGACUCCACUCCUGGUCUUCCGCGUGUUGUUACCGAAUCCAAAAGGCGGCGGUCGUCUUUCCUAAGGACAGCACUCGGUUGUCUCGACCGGAUCUCCGAUUUGAGAAGACGAUCCAACCCGGUUGUCGAGCAGCCGGACUCUCUACAGUCCGCUAGGAAAAGAAAAUCAGACUCGGAAUCGACGCCGAAGAAGCGACGGGCAACGGAGAAGAGGAAGAGGAAGGGGAAAAAGAAAGCUCUGAUCAGGUCUGCCCAGCCGAAGCAGACGGACGAGGAGAGGAAGGCAAGCCUCGAGCUUAACCCGCUCGUACUCGUGCAGGCACUCGAGGAUUGUCCAGAGGAGCAGUCAGGCGAACGUGAACGCUUCGAGGAGUGGGCUAGGCUCUUGAAGGCUUCGGCUGACCCGAACAUCAACACCCGAGACCCAGAGUGCGAAGCUCAAGAAUUGCCGUCCACCGCAAUCGCUGCCGCCACGGUACAGGAAAAAGACGCUCGAGUUUCGACCUCGAGUCCUAAGAAGGCACGAGCUGCGUCUCCCAUCUUAUCGGCCGCUCGAUCAUCUCGAUCUUCGGAACGGAAGGAACUGCAGUCGUUGUCCCCAGGUGCGCCGGUACAGACCGAGCCACCACGGACCCUCCCGUCGUCUUCCAAGAAUCCGCAGCCGGGACCGGUAGGUUCGCUUUCGUGGGCUAAGGUCCUGCGCACACGUGCUCCGGCAUCCUAG